UUCCGGAAUAUACUUGUUUCAUAAACUCAUCAAUAUUAUUUCCAAUCUAAAGUCUUAAUUCUAUCCAUCAAAUUAAAGCAAAGUAGGAAAAAUGAAGAAGGCAAUAAUGUCAUCAGGUGGUUCAUUCAAGCUGCAGCCUCCAACUUAUGGUAAACUAAUAACAAUUCUGAGCAUCGAUGGAGGUGGCAUUAGGGGAAUUAUUGCUGCCACCGUUCUUGAGUACCUUGAAUCUCAACUCCAGGAAUUGGAUGGUGAUGAUGCGAGACUUGCAGAUUACUUCGACAUAAUUGCAGGAACAAGCACAGGCGGUCUUGUCACGGCCAUGCUAACUGCUCCAAACAAAGAAAAACGUCCUUUAUUUGCUGCUAAAGACAUAAAGCCCUUCUAUCUUGAGCAUGGUCCUAAGAUAUUCCCACAGAAAAAGAUGGUACUGUUUGGAUCAAUAAUGAAGACAUUGAAAUCUCUAAUAGGACCAAAGUAUAAUGGGAAAUAUCUUCACCAAGUCAUAGAGGAGAAAUUAGGGGAGACUCCGUUGCAUGAGACAUUAACUAAUGUGGUUAUUCCAACUUUUGAUAUCAAGAAUUUACAGCCAACUAUUUUCUCCACUUUUGAGGCUAGAGAAAAACCAUUAAUGGAUGCUAGGCUUUCAGAUAUAUGCAUUAGUACAUCCGCUGCACCAACAUAUCUUCCUGCACAUUAUUUCCGGACUCAAGAUGAAGAUGGCAACUUUCAUGUGUUCAAUCUUGUUGACGGUGGUGUUGCAGCUAACAAUCCAGCUCUUGUUGCUACUAGCCAAGUGACCAAACAAAUAAUGACAGGAAAUCCAGAUUUUUUCCCAAUCAAACCCAUUGAUUAUGGAAGGUUUUUGGUGAUUUCUAUAGGCACUGGAUCAGCAAAAGUGGAACAAAAAUAUAAUGCUAAAAUUGCAUCCAAAUGGGGUAUCUUGGGAUGGCUACAUAAUGGAGGUUCAACUCCAAUUGUGGAUGUUUUUACUCAAGCCAGUGGUGAUAUGGUUGAUUUUCAUAUUUCUAUUGCUUUCCAAGCUCUUCAUUCUGAAGAAAAUUACCUUCGUAUUCAGGAUGACACAUUAACUGGAACAGACUCAUCUGUUGACAUAGCAACCAAAGAGAACAUGGACAAAUUGGUUGAAAUAGGGACAACUUUAUUGAAGAAACCAGUUUCAAGGAUAAAUCUACAUACAGGUUUAUUUGAGCAAUGCAAAAAUGGUGGCACAAAUGAAGAAACUUUGAAAAGGUUUUCGAAGUUGCUUUCAGAAGAAAAAAGACUCAGGGAUUCGAAGUCACCUCAUACAAAUAAAUCCUCAGAGUAGAAUUUGUUUGGAGCACCAAGAAAUUAAUCCUCGUCAUUAAUUAGCUCAGUAUUUAAUUUAAAGUUUAAUUUGUAAUAGAUAAAGUGAAAAUUCAAUUCGUGUAUCAGGUACAGUGUAAUUCAAUUCGUGUGUUAUAUGAAAAUAUUAUAGAUAAACAAUAAAAUUAUUGUUAAUUUUCGUAAGGCCAAGGUUGACUAGUUGGUCAUAAAGGUCGCAACCUUUUUGGUUUAACCGGUUAAAACCGGUAACCGGACCGGUUAAACCGGAAGCGGUAGAACCGGUAGAACCGGUUAAUCGUAUAAAAUUUUACCGGUCCGGUUCCGAUAUUUUGAAAAUCGGAACCGGUUAAACCGGUAAAACCGGAACCGGACCGGUUAAACCGGUGAAAAUUAAAAAAAAAAAAAAAAAAGAGCCGUUGGGCUGCUCAUUGCUGGCGUUAAUGGACCGUUGGCAACGGUCCAUUUGCAAAAAUGGCCGUUGCCAAACGGUCAUUUUGUUAAUUUUUGGCCCCCAAUUUUUUUUUUUUAACACUUUAACCCAUCCCCACCCCUAUAUAAACCCUUCUUCAUUUUCAUUUUAAUUCACAUCAAUUCACUCUUCUUCAUCUUUCUCUCAAAUCUCAAUCUCUCAAUUAUAAUUACUUUGCAAUAAUUAGCCACAAAGUCUUAUUAUAGUUUCAACUUUCAAUUAUUAAUUUUGCAAUUAUAAUAUUGUUAGUGGAGUUGGUGAUUUUGCAACAAUCCGAAGUAGCUUUGGUGGAUUUGCAAUUCUAGCCGCCUUCACUUUGUUGGAAAUUAAUCCGGCAAUUUGGUACCUUCGUUCCAACUCUAUCUUUAUUUUUCGCAAUUUAAUUCUAGCAAUUUAUUUUUCGCAAUUUAAUUCUAGCAAUUUAAUUUGUUGUAAUUUAUUUUCUUGUGAUUUAUUUGAUUGUGAUUUAAAUUAAUUCUAUUUAAUAAUGUCAAAGAGAUUAAGACGUGGUGCCGGUAGUAGUAGUCGUAUUGUUAGGGGUGCGCUUAAUGAGGAAACAUUUGUGGAAGAAACACCUAAUUUAGGUAUUGAUGUUGGUGGAAAUAAUCCACUUUUAGGUCAUGAGGCAAUGCAACAACAUUUUACCGACACUUUUAAUGAAGACUUAGAUGAUGAUGAUGAAGCACAACCCCCCGAAAAUCCCAUAGGAGAUACAUGUCCUGCCCAAUCACAUACACAAGACAAACCGCCUAGAACUCGUAAGCCAACAGCUAAAGUUUGGAAAUUUAUGACUAAGAAUAGGGAAAACCAAUCAGCUACAUGUACCCUAUGUGGACAAGUAUUUAGUUUUAAGUAAGGAACUGGUAAGGAUGGUGGAACGGGUACAUUAAAUGCUCAUAUGAGAACCAAACAUAUGGAUGUUUGGGGAGAGCAAACGGGUUCAAAUGUGGGGGGGAUUCAAAUGACGAUAGACCCACGAACCGGUAGAAAUUUUAAGUAUAACAAGAAAAAAGAACGCGUAGAAAUAGCUAAAAUGGUAGCUUAUAAUUGUUUACCAUUUUCCUUUCCCUCGGGUUUGGGGUUUGUUACUUACAUUCAACGUUGUUAUAAUCCGUUAUUUGAGAGUAUUCCUAGAAGUACUUGUAGAGCCGAUGUUAUAGAUUUGUUUAAAAAAUAUAGAUUUUAUUUGCGCCAUGUAUUUAAUUCUUUAAAUUGUAAUGUUUGUCUUACCGCUGAUUUG